AUGAUAUUUGUGUCGCUUUUAAUCACAGUAACAAUUGCAAUCUACUUGAAAAUGGUCACUAACACUGAAAACUCCAAUUCCGCUCCGCUUCCUUAUAAGCCUAACCCGGAACCCUUCCCUGCUUACUUUGUGUCCCAUGGUGGUCCUACAUUCAUGUAUAAGGAUGCUGAGUUUGGCAACAAGAAGGCGUAUCUGGCUUUGAGAAACUUGGGCAAUACUAUCAAAAACAAGUAUAAGCCUGAUUACAUUGUGGUGGUAUCAGCUCAUUGGCAGCUGAGUGGUUCCAAGGCGGUGGAGAUCGCCGUUCCUUCGAAACCUCCUAAGCUGGACAAGGAUGAAAAUAGUCUUGUUUACGACUUUUACAACUUUCCAAAGCACAUGUACCAGGAAUGGUUCAGGUCGUUGAAUUCCGCUUUUCUCGCUGAGGAGAUUCGUCAUAAGCUUCAGGAGAACGACUUCCAUGCCAGUUUGACUGAAAGAGGUAUCGAUCACGGCGUUUGGGUUCCUUUCAAAGUUGCCUUUUCCCAGUAUGACACUUUGAAUCCUCCACCUGAAGGUGUGGACCCAGGUCUUGAUCUUCCUGACUCUCGGUUGAUCCAGGUAUCGCUUACUGGCUACGAGAAGGAUUUCGAUACCCACUUUAAGCUAGGCCAGGUCCUCAAUCACUUUAGAAGUAAUUUGAUUUGGGACCCUGUGGAAGAGAGAUACUUAAAGGGCUUGGUGGUUUGUUCAGGUAUGUCGGUUCACAACUUAAGGGACAUUAGGAACUUCCUUGCCAACCAAGGCAAGCCUCUCCCAUACACCAAGCAAUUCAACGACUUGCUCAGAGAGACUUUGGUGAACGGACCAGAUCUCCUUGAUAACUUUAACAAAAUCAAGAGCGAGAAGGAGAAAUUGUUGUACCUGGCUCACCCUACGCUUGAGCACUUUGUCCCACUUGUUGUUGCUUCCGGUGUCAUCAGUGAAAGUCCCAAAGAACCCAUCAUUGAGCUUUUCAACGAUGAGCAAGGCAGUUUGGGAUGGGGAAUCUACCAAUUCGGAAAGUCCGUGUAA